GUCGUGUCUGAUGGUUAUUUUUUUUUUUUUAGAUAAUAAGGCAGUAAAAUUUAUAGAAAAUAUUUUUUUUCUUUGAAAAGAGGAUCAUUAUUACAGUUUUUUAACGUGUACUUGAACCGACACUUUGAUUGACCAAUCAAUCACGAACUCGGUUCCGCAACAGCCAAUCAAAUGUUGGUUUUUUUCAAAGUGGGCGUUAUUUUAUUUUAUUUUAUUUCUUUAUUUUAUUUAUUUUUGUUGACGCUCGAACUGUUAUUUAUAUAUUUGAAAUUAGUUUUUUGGUUGUAACCAGUCGGACGUUUUAUAUAUCUAAGGUGUAAAAAAGAAAAAGAAAAACUAAAUAAGUUUUAUGUCGACUGAGAGGAUACAUGUACUUUAAUCCACAAGUCAAUCGACCAAUCAACCACGAGCUCUCUUUCACGUCCACCAAUUAAAUGUCUUGUUCAUAGAUGGGCGGGAUUAAACGAAAUAAAACUGACUCGCGCUUCGCGGGAGAUAUUAGUCUGCAUAACUUGUUGAUUUCACGUUGUUGGUGUUGUUGUUGCGGAUAGUCCUAUGUUCAUGUAAUAAGGCAAUAUCGAUGCUAAUAGCAAUUUUAAAUAAACUGUUAUGGCCGAUAUUUUAGGAAUCGUUUUCAGACGGUUUGCAGCUGGAUCUGUAACGAGUGAUUUAAUAUUUCCCGCUAAUUUAAAGGGCAACACUUUGGUACUCGGUGAUGUAAAUAUGAGUACAUCUGUUUUAUUUCUUGCAGCCGUGACAGCAGCCACAGAUUUGGGACUCAAAGUGCUGUUUUUUACUCAGACACCGUUUCAGUCUCUACCUGUUUCUCUGAGGGGUUCAGUACCAGGACUCAAACUAGAAAGUCUGAAGAAUAUCAAGUUUGUGUAUGCAAAGACUUUAGAAGAGUUGCUUGAGGAUGUAGCAUCCCUCCAUGAGCUGGCGACAGAGACAGUGGCGCCUCCAUCUCUAAUUAUCGUAGACGGCCUGGAGCGAUAUUUACACAUGCCGAGAAGUGGACCCCUACAGGACGAACUGAGCCCUGCGGCCCAUGUGGUGGCCCUCCUACAUGACACGGCUGCUUUUCUAACACAGGUCCUGCUGAAGCGGGGUGAGAACCAGGGCGAGAACCAGGGUCUGUGCAGGAUCAUGGUCUCCUUUCAGUCUGAAUGUGAAGGCAGAUGGGACAAUGAAGCGCAGGUAUCUGAUCUUCUCCUCUCCGUACUGGACCGCUACCUGCAGGUGAGGUGCACUUUAGAGGAGGUGAGAGGUGUGGAGGGGGCAGGGCUUAAUGAGUGGCAGGUGUAUCUGUCUGCUACAUAUCCUCAGCUGGACCAGCAUGGUGAAGGAUGUGGCGAUCACAGACAGCAGUUGCAUUUGGUGGUGCAGUCAGGUGGCGUACUGGAGUUUCGUCCAGUCCCUGGUGCAGAACAGGAGAUUCCAGACCAACGGGAUGACAGCAAACAGGAAACCGAGGGAUGUAGAGAUGGUGUGAACUAACCAAGAAAAUCCCAACCCAAGUGUAAUUUCUAUGUAUUUCUCAUUU